CGGUUCGUCUUGGGGUUCCGGUGGGCCGCGGAGUCGGAGAUGAUUAAGAAAUUCGAUAAGAAGGACGAGGAGGGGGGGAGUGGCUCCAACCCAUUCCAGCAUCUAGAGAAGAGUGCUGUCUUGCAGGAGGCCCGGAUCUUCAAUGAGACUCCCAUAAAUCCAAGAAGAUGUCUGCACAUUCUGACCAAGAUCCUUUACUUACUGAACCAGGGUGAACACUUUGGAACUACUGAAGCUACAGAGGCCUUUUUUGCAAUGACUAGGUUAUUUCAGUCUAAUGACCAAACCUUGCGAAGGAUGUGCUACCUCACCAUCAAAGAAAUGGCCAACAUCUCUGAGGACGUGAUCAUUGUCACCAGCAGUCUUACCAAAGACAUGACGGGGAAGGAGGAUGUAUACAGAGGCCCAGCCAUCAGAGCCCUCUGCCGAAUCACCGAUGGGACGAUGUUGCAGGCCAUUGAAAGAUACAUGAAGCAAGCCAUUGUGGAUAAAAUCCCCAGUGUAUCCAGUUCAGCACUGGUGUCUUCCUUACAUAUGAUGAAGAUUAGCUACGAUGUGGUGAAGCGAUGGAUUAAUGAAGCCCAAGAAGCUGCUUCAAGUGAUAAUAUCAUGGUGCAGUAUCAUGCCUUGGGGGUCCUGUACCACCUCAGGAAGAACGAUCGUCUGGCCGUUUCCAAAAUGCUGAAUAAGUUCACCAAAUCUGGGCUGAAGUCUCAGUUUGCAUACUGCAUGCUGAUCCGAAUUGCCAGCCGUCUGCUGAAAGAAACAGAGGAGGGCCAUGAGAGCCCGCUGUUCGAUUUCAUCGAGAGCUGCCUGCGAAACAAGCACGAAAUGGUUAUUUAUGAAGCAGCUUCUGCUAUCAUCCACCUUCCGAACUGCACUGCGAGGGAGUUGGCUCCUGCCGUUUCAGUUCUUCAGCUAUUCUGCAGUUCCCCUAAGCCGGCCUUGAGAUACGCAGCUGUGAGGACCCUGAACAAGGUGGCCAUGAGGCACCCCUCCGCUGUCACCGCCUGCAAUCUGGACUUGGAAAACCUGAUCACCGACUCAAACCGCAGCAUAGCCACCCUGGCCAUCACUACCCUCCUCAAAACAGGCAGCGAGAGCAGCGUGGACAGACUCAUGAAACAGAUUUCGUCCUUCGUUUCUGAAAUCUCGGAUGAGUUCAAGGUGGUGGUGGUUCAGGCAAUCAGUGCUCUCUGCCAGAAGUACCCCCGCAAGCACGGCGUCAUGAUGACGUUCCUCUCGAAUAUGCUCCGGGAUGACGGCGGUUUCGAGUACAAGCGAGCCAUUGUUGACUGCAUAAUCAGCAUUGUGGAGGAGAAUCCGGAGAGCAAGGAAUCGGGCCUCGCCCACCUCUGUGAGUUCAUUGAGGACUGUGAGCACACAGUGCUGGCCACCAAGAUUCUCCACCUGUUGGGCAAAGAGGGUCCCAGGACGCCGAUUCCCUCCAAGUACAUCCGCUUCAUUUUCAACAGAGUGGUCCUGGAGAAUGAAGCCGUCAGAGCCGCGGCGGUGAGUGCCCUGGCCAAGUUUGGAGCACAGAACGAGAACCUUCUUCCAAGCAUCCUGGUGCUCUUGCAGAGGUGCAUGAUGGACAGCGACGACGAGGUCCGGGAUCGCGCCACCUUCUACCUGAACGUCCUGCAGCAGAGGCAGAUGGCUCUGAACGCCACGUACAUCUUCAAUGGUCUGAGCAUCUCCAUCCCGGGAUUAGAAAAGGCCUUGCACCAGUACACCCUGGAACCCGCAGAAAAGCCCUUCGACAUGAAGUCCGUCCCUCUCGCCACGGCACCCGCCUUGGAGCAGAAAGCAGAAAUCACACUGGUGGCCAAUAAGCCGGAGAAGCUGGCUCCUUCCAGACAAGACAUAUUCCAAGAACAAUUGGCCGCCCUUCCCGAGUUUAAGAGCCUGGGCCCGCUAUUCAAGUCAUCUGAACCUUUACAACUCACUGAAGCAGAGACCGAAUACUUUGUCCGCUGCGUCAAGCACACGUUCACCAAUCACAUCGUCUUCCAGUUUGACUGCACAAACACCCUGAACGACCAGCUGCUGGAGAAGGUAACGGUGCAGAUGGAGCCAUCCGAGGCCUACGAUGUGCUCUGUUGCAUCCCGGCCCCCAGUCUCCCCUACAACCAGCCGGGGACCUGUUACACCCUCGUAAGCCUGCCUGAGGACGACCCUACCGCAGUGGCUUGCACCUUCAGCUGCACGAUGAAGUUUACCGUUCGGGACUGUGAUCCUAACACCGGCGUUCCCGACGAGGAUGGAUAUGACGACGAAUAUGUACUGGAAGACCUGGAAGUGACCGUGUCUGACCACAUCCAGAAGGUGCUGAAGCCCAACUUUGCCGCAGCCUGGGAGGAGGUGGGCGAUGACUUUGAGAAAGAGGAGACCUUUGCUCUCAGCUCCACUAAAACCCUUGAAGAAGCCGUCAACAACAUCAUCACGUUUCUGGGCAUGCAGCCUUGCGAGAGGUCGGACAAAGUACCCGAGAACAAGAACUCCCACGCCCUGUAUCUGGCUGGAGUCUACCGUGGUGGCUCUGACGUACUGGUGAGAUCCAGACUGGCCCUAGGCGACGGGGUGACGAUGCAGGUGACCGUCCGAAGCAGAGAGGAAACGCCCGUCGACGUCAUCUUAGCUUCUGUCGGCUAAGCCUUCCAAGUCAGGUGCAGUGGACUGGACGCUGUUCAGUAGGUCAGUGGGGCUUUGACUGUUGGCCUGGAUUUCCCCAAAGCCCCCACACUCAAUUGUUGCAUCAGGGAGGAAGCAAAGGGCUGGGAUGGAGCACAGGUCCAUCACCAGUCAGACAAGCCGUCUCUGCCUGUGACUUAGUCCAACUGGCCCAUUUUUAUACAAUGCUGUCUCAAGAGCUGAACACUGUCUUCCCUGCCCCUCCUCCAGAUGCUCUCAACCUCUUUACAUUCCUGUCUCUAAUUUAUUUUGGGAUUGACUGAUGGCUCCUGGCCAAGUUGGGAAAUAUAAUGUUUAUUGCAGAAGAGAAGAUACUGUUACA